AUGAAGACCUUUUUCAGUCAAAAAUGCAUAGAUAAACUCACUCGUUUCUUAAGUCUUGAUAACUAUAAAUUCUUGUUUUGUAGAUGGACAGUAUUGAUUUUAUUACCAGAUGAAGAGAAUGGUCUACCAGAGUUAAUCAAUACACUGCGUCGUACAAAUGGAUUUGUAAAAUUAAUAGAAUCACCAUUUUAUUCAUUAAAAUUGAAUUUAUACAUACCUAAGCUAUGCAUAAAAUUCAAUGAUUUAAUUAGUAUUAAAAAGUUAUUACAACGCAUGAAUAUCAAUGAUGCAUUUGAUAUUAUGUCCGCCAAUUUAUCUAAUAUGGCCAGUUCACCAAAUGAUAAUGUUUAUAUCUCUGAAAUAUUUCAUUGUGCUAGUUUUGAA